AUGAGCACAAAAAUGCAGGGUGUGGUUCCACACGUCUCUUCAUCAGCAGAUGAAAUCCAAGAGGAACCUGAAUAUGUGAAUUUAGCAGAGAGAGCUGAGAAUAACGUCCCAGCAACUCCCCGUGACAAGUUUCUCUCCUACAGUCAGUCUUUUGCUCCACUCGCAGCUUGUUGGCUGAUUCUGCUGAUGAUCAUCAUCCUUCAUAUCUACUUUACUUCAGUGAUGUCUGAAAACAACACAAAGCUGACUGCAGAAAACCAACGCCUGACAAAAAUAAACCAGGAAGUGGAGACAGAGAGGAAGAAUCUCACAGAACAAAUAGAAACUAUGGAGAAAACUUGGAUUGACCUCAGUGUGAGUCGAACUCAGUGGAUCAUUGAUGCUUACUGUCCCCAAAAUCUUAAAGUCAGAACAUGUGAACCUUGUCAGCAGGGCUGGUUAUUCUACGAGUCUAACUGUUAUGAAUACAAUGAUGCUCCGCCCUCUUCUCAGAUAAGAUGGGAAGAUGCACAAAAAGACUGCAGAGGAAAGAUUUCAGUUCUGACUGUUGUUGAUGAUAAAAAGGAAAAGGAUUUUAUUGAGGCUAUCAGUUUUCCUGGACCAGAUGAGAAGAAGUACUGGAUCGGUCUGAAAGCUGAAGAAGAAAAAUGGAAAUGGACUGAUGGAAGCUACCUGACCGAUAAUGACUGGAUCAGUCCACCUGCAAAUGACAGUCUGUGUGUGGUUUCUGUGAAAAACCAAGGCUGGAAACCAGUGAGCUGUGAAGAAAAGAACGCAUGGAUCUGUGAAAAGAAGGCGCUAUCUCUUUAA